AACAACUGUCAACACACCAAUCGACCUCAGUGGUUCGAUUUCUCUAAUUUGGAUAUUUUAUUGAGAAUUCCUUUUAAAAAAUCCAUAUUUUAUUUGUUUUAAGAAAGAACAAUCAUUGAUUUUAACGUUGAUUGUAUGCGAUUUUCAACAAAAUUCAUUGCAAUCAAUCAUAUAAGUGAGGGCAUUGUGUUUCACACAGGUAAGAACAAAAAAACCAAAAAAAAAAAACAAAGAGAGGUAAAAACAAAGCGAUGAAAAUGGAACAUGUUGCCGAAAUUCGAAAUCAAUUAGCGAAUAAGCAGUGUGUUGUGAAUCUUGGUUAUAUGCCCAAACGCAACGAUUUUAUUUGGGUUGCAGAUGAACAAGAUGAGAAUAAUCGACUGCGAAUUGCUCGAAUCAAACACAUCAUCGAUCAGAAUCGUGCUCAUGUUAUUUUCUAUCUACGAAAAAACGAAUUGCCGCCGGGUAUCGAAUUGAAAUCGGAUAAUGGUUCAAAGAUCAAACUUCAUAAACGUGAAUUAAUCGAGAAUAUCGUUGAGUCGAAAAAUAUUGAAUUAACAAAAAUUAUCGGCCCAUGCGUCGUAUUUAAAGCAAAAGAAAAUGAUUCGGUGACGGAUUUUCUUCAAUCAAAUUCAAUGGCUUACGUAUGUCGAUAUAAAUUGGUGAAAAAAACAUGUUACAAACUGGUGCCAGUCGAUUGGCAGAUUGGUGAAGAAGAACAACAGAAUUUGGGUGAAAUCUAUGACACCGAUUUGAAUACCGAUACUGAGGAUACAAACGAAGCGGUGGUUAGUUUAAGCACGACCAUUAAUCAGUUACACUUAAGUCUUACAUCCGAUGAUGGCAACGAAGUGAAUAACAUAAAAAUAACACCAAUUAAAAUUGUCAAUAAAUCUGUACAGAAAGUGCCACGCAGUCGACAUCACAUAUCACCAUCAAAUAAACGUGCAUCGCCCGAUAACGCAAAUGAUAAUAAUGAUGUAUCACCAAACAAACGAAAUAAAUUCAGUCAUACGCCAAGUUUGGAAUCAUCGGCCACACGAAAUGGUACAUUUCCAUCACCAGCACCGAAAGAUAUGGAAAAAUGUCGCAAAAAUUUAAACGAUAGCUUUACGGGAGUGGAAGGUGCAUUUGAGACAAAAAUUAAAGAAGAUUCUUUAAAGAUGACAUUUAAAAAAGUGUUGUGUGAACAUAAUUCCAAUACGGAAACACCAAAACAACGUCGUAGCAUUCUAAGAACAGACAGCGCAAAAAAUACGCCAACGAAUAAAUCGACUCGCAGAGUUACGAUGGUGGUGCCGCCGAUUAUUGAUGAACAAAGCAAAAAAGUGGAAUCAACGCCACGCCGUUCAACACGUGUCUCAAUGUUAGAAACAAAGAACAAAAUUAGCGCCACUGUGAUGAACGAUAAUUCACCGGAGAAUGAAAAAUCGAAAAAUACGCGAAAGAGCACCGGAAAGGCGAUUAGUCAACCCACAACACCGAAAUCGGUAUCCAAACGACAAACAACAGCGGCAAAAACACCACAUACACCACAAACUCCAAAAGGCACAACAAUGACACCACAACAAACAAGAAGCCUCUAUCGAUCUGGUGGUCUUACACCAUCGAUUCAAAGCCGCCAAGAAGUGAUAAGUGGCGAUCAAACUGAACUGGAAAUGAUUCGUGAACGACUUCAAGUGUCAGCCGUUCCCACCAGUUUGCCAUGUCGUGAAAAAGAGUAUUCAAGCAUUUAUGAAUUUAUCAUAGGAAAAUUAACCGAUGGAUCUGGUGGUUGUAUUUAUAUAUCAGGUGUUCCUGGCACCGGAAAAACAGCGACUGUUACUCAAGUAAUAAAAACCAUUCAAAACAAGUCGAAACCGAAAAAAGUGCCUGCAUUUGAUUUUGUUGAUAUAAAUGGUAUGAGACUGACAGAACCACGUCAAGCAUAUGUUCAAAUUUAUCGUCAAUUAACCGGCAAAACAAUGGCAUGGGCACAGGCACGUGAUUUGCUUGAAAGUCGUUUCACAGCUGGAUCGAAAAAAGCCAUCCGACCAACGGUAUUACUAGUCGAUGAGCUUGAUAUAAUAUGUAAUCGAAAACAGGAUGUUGUUUACAAUUUAUUCGAUUGGACUGUGCGCAAGGGAUCUCGAUUAAUUGCAAUCACCAUCGCAAAUACGAUGGAUUUGCCCGAACGUGUUUUAAAAUUAAAAGUUGCCUCUCGAUUGGGUCUAACACGCAUCACAUUUCAACCGUAUUCAUUCAAACAAUUGCAAGAGGUUGUAAUGACACGACUCGCUGGCUCGAAUUGCUUCAUGGCCGAUGCAGUUCAACUGGUUGCAAGAAAAGUGGCGUCUGUAUCAGGUGAUUGUCGACGUGCAUUGGACAUUUGUCGGCGUGCAACUGAAAUUGCCGAAGAAAAGAGCAACGGUGUCGUUCCGGUUGAAGUGAAUUUCGCUCACAUUAAUCAAGCACUAAGUGAAAUGUUUGCCAGUCCAAAGGUGCGAGCCAUUAAAAAUUGCACAAAAUUUGAAAAGCUAUUUUUACAAGCGGUCGCCUCAGAAAUUCAACGUACCGGCAUUGAAGAAGUCGAAUUUCAUCGUGUCUUUUGGCAAAUUGGAACGCUCGCACCGAUUUUGGGCAUUAAAAAUCCACCAACUGAAGACCAAGCAAUGAUUAUUUGUAUGGCAUUGGCAGCCAAUCGUCUACUGAUUGCAGAGGAUAGUUCAACCGGUCUAUAUCAAAAGAUCAUUCUAAAUGCAACAGUCGAUGACUUAUACUAUGCACUUAAUGUUAAUUAAAUUACUAUCCUAAUUUUAACAAUUUUUUUCUUUCAUAAGUUCAUGUUUUAACAUUUUUCAUCUGUUCAUUUCUUACAAAACAAUAUUCAAUAAAUGGUUUCUAUUCAA